AUGUUCUUUCUGUUGACCGUCGUUUCCUUCUUGUCGUUUGCUUCUGCAAACUUCCUCUCCAAGGGGAAGCCCAUCGGGGACCCUUCCUACAACUCGGCCAAGUACCACUGGGAAUGCGGCAAGACUACUACCGCGGUGCUCGACGACUGCGAACCGAUCUUCACCCAGAUCCGUGCCCUCGGCAACACCACGGACGGAAUGUUCAAACUCAACUGGUGGCCCGCCAGGACCUGGGACCACAAGUCCUGCAGGGCCCUGCUGAACGUCGGAGAACUCCCCACGGGCGGUCUAAAGCUCCACGCGGACGAGCUCGUCAAGGUGGCUCGGUGGGGAGCCCACUCCCUGUGCGGCGGGACCUGGCAGCGUUCGAUGGUCAGGCCUCAGAAUGACACCUGGAGGCUGUACAUCGUAGAGUCUAUGUGGAAUGAGAGCGUUCCUUUUGCUUAA